ACCGGAAACAGUAAAAUACCACUUCCGGCCGGUUUUCUGUUUUUGACUCGUAUAUUGGUGGGGUAAAUAUCAAGUUAUAUUGGGAAACACAAUUAUUCAUUGUCAAUUGAUACAACAGAGUCCUAUGUAUGUAUUUAAGCGGUUAUACUAAACUAUCCUGAAACGUUAAAGAAGUGUCAAAAUAUUUUAUAAUAUGCGGACGUUCUAGUGUGCGCAACGUCACACGUAACCAUUACAAGCAAUAUGGCGGCGCUCUCUGGAGUCCUUGUGGCCGCUAGUUUCUGAUGUUUAUCCUCUUUUUCCCACGUAAUUAUUUACUGAAAACGCUUAACAGGCUUGCCGAAGAUAUCACCUGGUCAUAGUGGACAAAUUAAGCAGACUCUGCAUCCUGGGGUCAUAUCAUCAGUAUGAGCAAUUCCGCUCCCUGGCAGUAUCAGCAGGGAGCACAGACAGGGACAGGCACUGGGGGAGUGAAGCUAUUUAAUCCUGCAGAGUUUGGAUCAGUUACUUCUCAAGCUAGUAACUAUGUCAACAAUUCUGACCAGGGUGGCCAGUUACAAGACAGUGGCCAAAAGCCAGAUGAUGGCUUGAAUAGUUCAUGGGACUGGAACCCAUCACAGUGGAACUCUGGAGGAAAAGAUGGUCAUGUUCCAGACACUAACCAACAAGUUGAUACAAAUCAAGGCCAUAAUGUACCGGGUAAUGUUGAUGCAUCAGCCUACCAAGGUCAGUUCUAUGACCAUAAUCAACAAGCACAUCAACAUUAUUACAACCAGCAGCAAUACCAAGAUCCUGGUCAACAAACUCAGGGACAGGAAGUUCAUGGUCAACAAAACUGGGGUCAUCAACAAUAUGGCUAUAAUCAAACAUGGAACAAUACUGAGUUAAAUCAGCAACACCAACCGAUUAAUAAUAAUUACAACGGUCAGCAAAUCUUUCAACCUAACCAGGAGCAUGGUCAACCUUACAAUGUUGUCAAUCAAGAGCAAGUACAUGGACACUUUAAUUUAGAGCAAAGCCAGGAUCAUUUUAACAACCAGGGGUAUAACCAAGAACAUGUUUUUAAUCAACAAAAAGGAGAAAAUGAUGGUCUUAAUUCAUCUGCAGCUUCCAACUACAGUGGAAGCCUUACUCAGUCUAGUGUUCAUGAGGAUCAAGGAUCUACUUCAGGUUUCUACCAAAAUGCAGAUCCAGAAGAUGUAGGUUUUAUGGGACAAAAUCAUUCAGUUCAGGAGCCCAUUGUAAAUAGUGGGAAUACAAAUCCUCCAAAUAUUGUACAUUCCAGUGCCAAUGAUGGUGCACAAUUACACAUGGGUGUGAUGGGUGGUGAACAGUUAGAACAUUCACAAGAUAAAUCAGACAUGAAUACUGUGAUAUCACAAGUCAAUCAUAUGACAAUACAAGACAAUGGAAGUUCUAUCGGAUCAGUAAAUAGUCCACAGGAACAAGGGUUUGGUAUUGCUCCACCAGUUUCUUCAAUUGACCCACACAUUGACCCUGUGCAAGCUAACAGUGGUAUGAUGACCACUUCUGAUGACCAGCAGAGUUUAGGGGACUGGGAGGUGGUACCACCUCAAAAUCUGGUUGUACCAGGAAAUCACAGUAGGCAGAGUUCCACUGACAACAAUGUCCAGUUUUUCAUUGGCUCCAGCAGGAACUCUCCAGGUAGUGGGCGUGGCACAGGAUCACCCUGCUCAGUUACACAGGGACAAGUGGAGGAUAAAGCAAACCCAUCUCUACUCAUACCACAGUCCUCAAGUCAGCCUCCCAAACCAUUCCAACCUGAAUCCAUGAUGCCAAAAUACACAUCCUCCCCUAAUGUAACGCCGGAGAUGACUGACAAUACAGAAUUAGGAAAGUCGUCUUCAUCAAACACAGGUCCGCCGCCACCUAUGGCUACUCCAACAUCAGGCAGAGGGGGAGAUAACCCUUUUAGGAAAACAGGUCAUCAGCUUACAUCUUCUGAACCUCAACAGGAAGUGAACUCACACGGACGUGAUUAUUCUGAAAAUAAGUCUGCAUUCGAAGGUAGUACCUUUUCUGAGGGUGUGCUGAGCAGCAAUGAAAACUCCAUAGAGCCUCCUAGUCCAAUUAUGAAUGCUGAAGACCAAUCACGUACACUUAACAACCGUUUUGGCCAGAAGAUGAAGUCACAGAGUCCAAUUAUGCCUAGAAAGGAGAGCCCAUUUCAACCUCCAGCAAGACGCAGGAAUAUAUCAGGAUCUAGUGAAACUAUAGAGGAAAAUACACGUAUGGAGGAGGUAUCUCGACAAGACAGCCGAGAUAGCUUAACAAGAGGUAUAGAACACAGUAAGUCAUUGGGUUCAGAUAGGUCAUCGGGUGCAGACAGUAGUAGGAGAUCUUCUGGCAGUGAUUCACAAGGUCAAUCAGACCGUGACUCUAUUCACAGUCAGGACCCUCAUUGGAAGACACGAACAAAUCGUGACAGGAGAAGCAGACCCCCUCCUGGUCCUAGUGGAAGCUCUAGAGCACGUGCAGUAAUGUCCCCUAGAAGAAUGGAAAAACAUCUCCAGCAUAUCAAGGAGAGAAGAGUAAAACACAACAUGUCCCCAGCAACAACACUCUGGGCAGACAGUGAACUGCAGCUGCCUGCAACAAACAUUCUGCUGGCUCCUGCUGGCCCAAUGCCUUCACUGAUGUCACCUGUCCAAGCCUCUCAGCCACCAAAGGCAAGGGAUAAUAAGGAGACUGAACAAGUUCUUUCUCCUGUAGAGAACUUGAUAACAUCCCUAACAGAACAUAUAUCAAAGGAGAACACACCAGAACCUGAGAAUGUGACUAAUAGUGAACCUGUUAAAUCUGAUCCACCCAGCAGAAGUCAGGGGGAAAGAAAAAGGGAGGAGGUGAGUAAAGAAAGAGAUAGACAUGAACGAAACUCCUCUAUAGACCGCGAGAUAGAGAUAGUGCGUAGACAGGAAGAGGAGGAAAAAAGAGAGUUCCAGAAAAGACAAAGUAGUGACAACAACCAUGGAGAACAUUACAGUGUAAAGGACCAGUACAAUGAUAGCCAGGGUCGUGACCCCAGGGAUUAUAGAGAACGUGAACCUAGAGAUCCUCGUGAUUCUAGAGAUCGCAGAGAUGAUGGUUACGACAACUAUUACGAUAGAAAGUCAAAGCACAGCAAUAAAGGAGCGCCACCUCUUAGAGACCCUUACAAAGAUCAAUACUAUGGUGAUGAGCGAUACGACAGGCCAAGGUCACGGACCUCACAAUAUGAUGAUCAACGACCUUCAUCUAGACAAAGUCGUGCUGGUGCAGAUUCUGACCGACCACGUUCUCGUCAGGAUUACAAAGAUCCUUCAUACAAGGAUGGACGGUAUAGCUCUGCAUCUAGAGGAGGAUACGACUAUGAUUAUUACAAUCAUCCUGGCUACUACGACAGUCGGUACUACCAUCAGGGCUACUAUGACAGUCGCUAUAAUUCGGCCUACUAUGACGAGUACUACCGGCAAGGUCAAGGCCAGGGUCAGGAGUCAGGACAGUACAAUGAAAGCUAUGAUAGAAUGAUGGACCGGCACUACCACCCAUACUACGGCUAUCCAUCUGAUUACUACACCCAGGGGUAUGAGGACGAUGGGUACAGUCAACGCAGUCAGUCACGGGGAGCUCACACCCCAGCCUCCAUACCGGAGGACCAGUCCGAUGCCUAUGGUUAUGGAGCAAGGACAUCGAGUCGUGCUGGAUAUGAUGACUACCACAGGGCCCAUUAUGAUAAUUACUAUGGAUACAGACAGAGUGGCUACCACUACCAGGAUCAAGGGGUCACGGAAGAGAUAAAACCAGGCAGGAUAACACCAAAGAAAUACACGAUUCCUCACAUGAGGGUUUGCUUUGGCCCUGGCGGUCAGAUGGUUAAGGUGCUUCCAAAUAAUCCAAAGUAUGGUCAACCUGCAACAGUGGAAAUUCAUGAAGUGGAUGAAUUGUUACAAGAGAACAUGGAGACUGAAGAGCUCAAAUCCUUCCCAGGUCCUGUGAUCAGAGGGGACACCCACAAGAACGAUGUUCUAUCAUUUUGCCAACGGAAGGCGAGGGCCUGUGCCGAGAAUAUCAACAUGAUUGACCGCGAGUCUGCUGAACUAAUCUGGAAACUUUUAGAAUUACUUAUCAAGCAAAAUGGGACUGUGAUGGGAACAGAUAUUGCGGAACUGUUGUUGGAUGGACACGAACCUACCACAGCUGAAUACAGUAUGAUCGGACUCAAGAUUUCACAGAGUAUGGACAAUCUCGACCAGGAGUUGGACGACACCACUGAGGUCAACGCUUCCACCGUCUCUGUGACUGACCGCUCCGUCAUCAACAGGGGUCGGUCUCGAGAGGAGGCUACUGACCGCUUCAGACAUCUGUUGCUUUAUGGACGUAAAAAGGAUGCAUUAGAAUGUGCUAUGAAGAGAAACCUUUGGGGCCAUGCACUGUUUUUGGCCAGUAAGAUGGACAGCCGGACACAUGCUAACGUGAUGAUCAGGUUUGCCAACACUGCAAUGAAAAUGAACGAUCCACUUCAGACUUUAUACCAGUCGAUGUCGGGGAGACAACCAGCCGCUGUAACUAGUAUAGCUAAUGACCGCUGGGGAGACUGGAGGCCUCAUCUGGCUAUGAUUUUGUCUAACCAGGGUAGUAAACCUGACCUAGAUAAAAAGAGUAUCCUGUCCAUGGGAGAUACACUAGCAUCCAAGGGCUUUUUAUAUGCUAGCCACUUCUGCUAUAUGAUGGCCCAUGCUUCAUUUGGCUCUUAUUACAAAAAGACUGCCAAAUUGGUUUUAAUAGGAAACAAUCACAGUCUGCCUUUGGAGGAAUUCACUACAAAUGAAGCCAUCCAGUGCACAGAGAUCUACGAGUAUGCCAUGUCACUAGGAAAUUCCACCUUUUUUCUUAGUAAUUUCCAGUACUUCAAGUUUUUAUAUGCCUGUAGAUUAGCUGAAAACGGAUUUCCACAAGAGGCUCUGCAAUAUUUGGAAGUAAUUUCACGAUAUAUCCAGCGUGCUCCAAUAUUCUUCCAGUCAACUCUAGUCAAAUUGGUUUACGAUAUGGCAGACCGAUUGAAGCACUUUGACCCCCAAAGAAUGCAUACAUCUGAAGACCAGGACCAGGCCUGGCUGUUACAAUUACAGAAGAUCUCACAAAGUUUCUUGGAUGGCACAAUUCGGCCCCUGUCAGGCAAUGAAACCCCAAUGGGUUAUGGAAGUACGCGGGCCAGUAGUGAAAGUGCAGAGGUUGCCGGGCUGACUCAUACAGGGUCUGACCUAGUUGGACAGAGUCAGAUGGAUUUCAACUACCAGACCGGGUAUACACAGCAGCAAGGGUACGGUGAUCAACCAGACCAGUCACAUAGCGAGGUGGAUGGUGGUCAGUCUGCUGGACAGACUGGACAUCAACAGUACAACUACAGCUACCCUCAACUAGGGCAGCCAAUACAGGAGACAACACAUGGAGAACAGCAGGCCCCGCAACAGUAUACGGAACAACAGUACAAAGACCAACAACAGUACAGCCAGGAACAACACAACCUCUACAACAAUUACUAUCAGCAAGGUUAUAAUGUUCCAAACAAUACAGAAGCUCAACAAGGUGAUUCAGGAAAUCAAACGCUGUCAACUGACCUCAACAAUCAGUACCAAGGCUACACUGGUGUCUCGGACAAUAGCAUGCAACAGACAGAGGGUACUUAUGUGGGUGGAAGCGUACAGGAGCAAAAUUCUAUGAAUCAGACAUACACCCACAACACAGUAUCACAUCACUACGACCCCAACACCUACUCCCAGACAGGUGAAACUUCACAGCGACAGAGCAUCACGUCCGACAGCAGUCUGGAUACUGAGGAGGAUGCAAACCACGAACAACAGACAAACUUUGAUUACUUUGGGGCUGCCACAAAUCAAAAAAUUGUGGCCCCACGGCUAAGGAAACGCACUACAUCAGAAACUAGUCAAGGCAGUUUGAAGAAAUCAACAUACCCCGGAGAUAAUGCUGCAGAGGACAAAGAGAAAAUGCCUCCUCCUGCCAAAACGGAUUCAUCCAAAAAGCAGGGAAGUCGUUUAGGAGGCUGGUUCAGUAAACUGUUACCGAAGCCUAAGAAUGAGAUGAAGCUGCCUAAUGAUGAUAAACCAAGUAUUGUGUGGGACAAGGAUAAUGAGAAGUGGGUGAACUUGGAUAAAACAGAGGAAGAGAAUAAGCCAGUGAUGGAGCCACCCAAGGACUCAGACAUCUUUAAAACACCAGCAGUACCAGCCACCCCCAACACAGCCAUGCCAUCAGGGGCACCACCCUCAAGUAACAAGUUCUCACGUCCUAAAGGUAGAGGUGCUCGCACCCAAUAUGUCGAUGUGAUGAAUACAAGUGGAAGCAGUACUAGCAGCUCAACAGUGCCCAAAAGUUUGUUCAAUGUGAUGCCAACCUCAGCAUCCUCGCCAGCCAUAUUUAAUCCACUUGGUGGAAAUGAUCAGUCAGAUACAAAACCAGAACCUCAGCAGUCACUAGCUCCACCUGCUGAACAAAACAUGAACCAGUCUCUCACAUCAGGGGAGUUGUCUAGGACGAGCUCUAUGAGCUCUGUAUCAUACGAGGUCCAACAACUAACUCGUCAGGAUCAGAACCCAGCCCAGGCACCAAAUAUGACCCCAGGGGCACCACCCACAUUGUUUAACCCUUCACAGUUUAAAACUGGUCAGCAAAAUGUGGCACAUGCCAGUGGACCAAAGCUCUACAACCAACGAAGGGUGUAUCCCAAGUGAUGAGGCAACACCGAAAAAUACAUUAUAAGAAUACAGGAGUAUCUUAACUAUUGAUAUCUAUCUUACACACCUGGAACGUAUUUUAACUUCGUAAUCAAAGGCUAAUAGCCUAAUAUCGACAAAUUAGGAUUUAUUGUGAGAAAGGUCUGAUUUUAUUUAUCAUUUAAUAGUAAACUUAGAUCGGGGUCAAGUCUUUCACAAGCUGUGCUUUGAGAAUAAUGGACUGUAACUCCAAUGAGACAGGGCUGUGGACACCGCCAGAUACAUAGUUUUGUUGAUGUGGUUUUGGUGAUUAUUUAUUGUUAGAAAGAAUUAUGAUAACAUACCUUCCUGUCUAACAGGGAAACUAGAGAAGUACAUGUAUUUGGUUUAAUGUGUUGGUUUGAUUUUGUGAUGACAAUGUCUCCAUCAGACUCCAUACAUUUAGUCAUGUUAGAUAGUGUCAUUUCUUCAUCCUCCAUGUGUUCUGGAAGGCCUAUAUGAUUUGUACUUUAAUUAGAUAUUCUGUGCUUCAUUCACCUUUCACAUUUACAAUGUAUUUACCGAUCUUGCAACUUAAACUUUGUCCAGUUUUUUUAAGUCAUCUCAAAAACAUAUUGACGAAAAUUUUGUUCCGUUUUUAGAUGUUUCUUGGCAAAUUUUGUUCAAAGUUCUGCUGUAUGAUAGACAUUUGUAAUAACUUAAAAUUGGUUUGGUUUCGGUUAAAUUGCGGAUUGAAAUUUUAUUGAUUUUUUUUUUUUUGAGAUAUAAGGCCUUUUAGAACUGGACCUUUACAUUUUUUAUUGUCUAAGUCAGAAUUUUUAUUGUGAAAAGAUAAUUACACAACCUCAAAUCAUUGUCAUUAGUUCGUUUUUCAUUAUUAUUGACAUGUGAUCUGUAAUUGGGUGAUCAAGUUUAUGAUUUAAGGUGCUAGCUAAUAUCUUAGAGAAUAUGUAUGUUUUGCUGUGGAAUAUUUGUGGAACUUAAAAUCCUACUACUAUAACUAGGUACUCGGGCUAUUCUCUUUGUUUGAUCACCCUACGUUUGAUAUUCUUUCCCCUUCAUAUUACCAAUGGAAUACAGAAAGCUGAAAACCAAUAGGAAAAUAUCUAAUACAGAAGUUAGACAAGAUUGAAUUAAAAUAGGCAAUUAGAAGUCCUGAUUGUUUCUAUGUACUACAUGUAAGUAAUAUAACUACAUAACUAAUGUUUCGGUGGGAACAUGGAAUCAAAGCUGCAAGAUAUGAUUCUCUUGACCAUUUUUAUGAUACAAAAAUAUAUAAUGAAAAAUUAGUAAUAUAUUGUAGAGGUCAGAAAAUAAUGGUUUUCACAGAAUUUGCAAUGAUACAGAGAUAGAAAUCAAUGAUUUCAAAAUCGUUAGUAUGGUGUUAGGAUAAUUAGUAAUUGUAAUGUCUGUGAUAUAAUGUAUUUCAAAAAUAUACCAAUACAUGUUUAUCAUAUGUGUACAGACUUUUCUAUUUUGUCAAUUUUUUCGACAAGUCCACUAAAAUCACAGCACGCUUAUUCAAUACGAAACCUGUUUUUUUUUUAUGGUAUCUAGACUUUCUUUGUGUGCCAUGAAGGUGUCUGCAUGACUGAAUGGUAGAUGAAUGUAUGAAAUGGGAUUGUAUGGGAUAAAAAUGUGUGCAGAAGUGCUACUGGAAAGCUGACUGUGAAUACCAGUCAGGUUAAUGUAUGGAUUUAUGUUUGAAUUUUGUUGAAUGCUAAGUGAUGAUAUGUAUAUUUAUGGAACAGUAAUGGCCAGGAGUACUUUUGGUGUUAAACCAGCCAAAUGUUUCGCGAAGUGCAUCUUUUUAUUGGUAUUAGCUGUAAUACAUAACUGUAUACCGGGAAAUUUUCAUAUAACAGUUUAUUUUUCACCCUUGGAUAAACUAUCGUAUUUUGCCCCGUAUUAGAUCAUCAUAAAUGUCGACCAGUAUCUGUUUUGCCCGGUGAAAGCCAACACAGUCUUAUGUUUGCUCACUAUUAUAAAAUUCUUGAAAUAUAGAUGAAAUUGUAAAUUUUAAUUGAAGUUCUUAUUUUGGCAUACCUGAAAACUUUGAUGUAUUAAUUGUGCAAUAUCAAUGAUUUGCCUUUUAUAUUUGCUCUAAACAGCCUAUAUCUGUGAUAAUUUAUUAGAUCCUUAACAGCAUACUUUAGCCCUACCAUCAUUGUUCUCUUCAACUUUUGGAAAGAAUGUGAAAUGGGUGUAAGUUAAAUUGUGGCUAAAAUUUCCUCAUAUACAGUAUAAUUAUACAAAUUACCUCAUUAAAAGUUCUUACUUUGUCAGAAAAGUCGCUAAUUACUAUAUAUUUGUUAGUGAAAAUAUAAAAACACCACAAUUCUGAUUUUAAAUAAAUACGAAUACAGGGUAUUCAGAGUGUACAGGCAAAUAUUUGGGCCAGCACGGAGUCAUUUAGUUAGAAAGUGGUAGUUAGUAAAAUCAAGAUUAAUUGAUAUCGGGCCAAAGGCUACAAGAUAGUUUCAGAGCACAUUGUUACUUUAUUACUCGGCUUCAAACGUAGUGUAUACAUAAUCUGAAACGGUAUCUGUGCUUUAGUCAUGUUUUAUAUUAUACAGAAAUGUAUAUCUAUUAUCUGGAGUAAAUGUGCAAAAAAUAUUUCUUGAUAUUAAAAUUUUAUCUCUUUUUAAGUAAAAUUAUUAUUACAUUUUUAUUGCCUUAUUGUGUACAUCAACAUGCCAAAUUAGUGUACUGUUUCAACACCAUUUGAUUUUCUGUAAAAGAAGAUAUUGAUGGGAUUAAUAUUGAAAUAGAUGUACGGUUAGAUUAAUUGAAUUAAAAUACAAUUAUUAAAUAUAAUUGUCACAUAUGACAUUUGAUGUUUUAUUUCUUAAUAUUUUAUUGUUUGAUGAUGGAGAAGAUUUAUUGUGAACGUCAAAAGAAGGCAAGAAACCCUAUAAAAUGUUGAAAUGUCUUGACCAUUUAGAGUAUAAUUAAUAUAGAUUGUAUAAUAUUCAGAAAGAAAAUGAGAUAUUCAAACCUUAUUUAUUUAUUUGUUUUAUGUUGUUUAAUUGAUAUGAGAGAAAAAAUGCAUGUACAUAUAUUUCAUUCUGAUCAAAUACUAAAUGGAUAAGAAAAAAUAUUUGUUAGAUUGACACGUAUGAGCUAUAAAUUAGGAUACAAUGAUAUUGUGAUUUGUUAGUCAUGAAAUGAUAAUAAUAAGAAUAUAAGAAAAGAAAAAGAGAAUUGGCAUUAUAAAGGUAUAAUGUCACAUCAUUGGUUUGAAUGUGGUUAUACAUGUUAGCAGAAUGUUGAAAGAUGACAGAUGGAUUUUUUUUUUUGAUGCCUUGAAUUGAUAGAAAGAUGAAGUAUCAUUAAGUUCAGAUUGUUUAUAAUGGAUGUUUUCACAUGAAGAAUUGCAUUUGAAAUUUUGUCGUGCAUUUGUGAGCGAGAGUGAGCUCUAUUUUCUGAAGGUAAAUAAAGGUCAUUUAAAGUAAACCUUUCUGUUUUUGACCUACUUUGUAGAGUGGAAACCAUAAUCGGUUUGUUCAUCAGUCAUCAUGCUACAGAGUAUACAGAAAAAAAUGAUAAUUGAAUUAUAAUGCAUUUCAAUGUGUAGUUUCAUAUAAUACUAUAUUCAUACACAGACUAAAAGUUAUAUAUCAGAAGCAUGUCUUUAAGUUAGCGUCCCAACAGUAUCAUAUCCCCAACAAAGUAAAAUUGCAGUUUGACACAUUUACUAUAUAUGAUAGCAAAGUGUUCAAUACAACAAAUAUUUUAUUUUCCCCAAACCAUUAAAAUUCAGCCUUUAGAUUUCUUGCACAUUUUUUUAUUAUAUAGAUAUAAUAUAGAUUAUGAAAUAGAUGGGGAACUCAUCCACUGCACUAGUAUUCGCGAUAUUUGUCAUAUAUACUUUUUGCAAAAUUAUAGAAACCAUGUUUUUUUGGUUUUUUUUUUUUUUCUCACAAAAGGUGAUUCUGCGUAUGGCCAUUACAGAAGAAAUACAUUUAACAAGCAUUGUUUUUGAUGCCUUAUACAGCAGAAAAGUGGAGGGGCGUUCUACCUUAAAUAUCAUUUUAAGAGUCAAACGUUUAGUAGAUUCAUUGUCAAGGUAAAAAGUGCAAUGCUACAAUUUAUUGUCACUUUUGAAUACAUAUUCAUGCUGUAUUUAUCGUCACAAGAUUUUAUCUAAAUCGUAUAUCAUCCCCGAUUUCAAGUGAUAACUAUAUUUAUCGCUUGCACAUGGCAUUAUAUCAGUAGAGGACAGCUUACUAAAUGGAAUUAAACAUUGAAUUAAAUCACAACUAAAUUGGUGAUUGGUUGAUCUCAAAUUUCACUGCCAUUCGAUCCUAUCACUCGCAAUUUAUGAAUGAGCUUGUAAUUACAUUACAAUUCUAAUAUCUGUUACCCCAUCAAAAAUCUUGUUGGGUUCACUUUGUACAUUACAAUGUGUUUUUAACUACUAAACUAAAUUGACCACACUAUGUGUUCAUCGUCUCUCAAAUUUCUGCUUUUGUAUAUAAAACGUAAUUAUAAAGAAUGACAGUCACCUGGUAACGGUUCCAUUGUCAUCUGUUCAUCAGUCAUUUGUCACACCUACCUAAUAUAAUCUUACCAAACCAUACCGCAAUUCUUACUUGGGUAUCUCAGACGAUUUUCGUUGUUUUAUUUGCCAAUUGUUAUGAGAGGAAUGUCGUUAAAACAGAAAUUGAAUUGAGUGUCAACCAAAUUAUUGAAAUAAAUUAUAUUUGAAAUCUU